GGGACAUGAAUGGUGAGCAAUGGACACUGGGAACUGGAGCCAGAUCGCCCGCGCUGUGCUCAGGAUUCCCUCAGCUACGGGCAAGCAGAAGGCCUUCUCCACCUGCGCCUCCCACCUUAUUGUGGUUCUCCUCUUCUAUGGGAGCAUCCUCUUCAUGUAUGUACGACUGAAGAAGAGCUACUCGCUGGACUAUGACCGGGCCCUGGCGGUGGUGUACUCGGUCCUCACACCCCUCCUCAACCCCUUCAUCUACAGCCUAUGCAACAAGGAGAUCAAGGAGGCUGUGAGGAAGCAGCUGAAGAGGAUGCUGUGGUGAAAAGGGGGGCAUUUUGUUUGUGGGGCUGAGAAUGUGGAGGCUGUGAGGAUUAUCAGUGACUAGAGAUGAGGAAUCAAGCAUUCGUUGCUUUUCUACAUGGGAUGCUGGAGCUGCAGUGAGUGUUGUCUGGGUUUCAGGAGUGUUACUGGGGGCCAUGAUACUCAGCUGAAGUCACAGGCAGCUUUUAAACCAGAGACUGGAAAAGGUAUGCUUUGUCUCCAGCAACAAUGGUGUAG